GCGCUCUCAGUCCGUCUCUUUCUCUGCUGUCAACAUGUCCGCACUUUACAAAGCCUCUGUUCUUGUCCUGGUUUUCUGCGGUUUUAUUCUCAACACAGGGGCGCAGACACCGACCCCUGGCCCUGCUCCGGUCCCUUGUGAGUCGAGAUCCAACACCAGCUGUGAGGAGUGCUUGAAGAAUGUAUCUUGUCUGUGGUGCGAGCCCAACAAACAAUGCACUGACUAUCCAGUGAAGAGCAUCCUGCCCCCCAGCAGCGUUUGUCCACUGAAUGAUGCACGAUGGGGGGUGUGCUGGGUAAAUUUCCUGAUUUUGAUCAUCACCAUGUCGGUGCUUGGUGGGAUCAUCCUCAUCGCCAUCCUUGUUUGCUGCUUCUGCUGCUGCAAGUGUGAGAGAAUUGGGAACAAGAGAGAAGAUGCAAUGGCGGAGCGACAGAACCGGGCGAGGAAGGACCGUCAGAAAGUGAGAAGGUCAGAAAUGCAGAUGAGGCAUGAUGAAAUCAGGCAGAAAUAUGUGCACAUGGGGUCGAAGUAUGGAAAGUAAAGAAGCCCAGACAUCCCUGUCCCCGGCAACUUCCUCCAGCUCAUCUGGGGGGGAGGGCAUCGUGAGCCGCGCCCGAACUGACUGAGAAAUAGAAUCUCUCCAGCGAGGUCCGGGGAAAACCUCGGGUCCUGGUCUCAGUUGGACGUGCCCACUAGACUUCUAUUGGGAGGCGACCAGGGGGGCGUCCUAAUCAGAUGCCUGAACCACUUCAACUGUGUCCUCUCAAUCGUGGAGAGUGAGGUCUGCCACCGUGUGAAGAAAACUCAUUUUGGCCUCUUUUAUCCGUGCUCUCAUUCCUUCAGUCAGCCCAGAUGGCCAUGAGGACUUGGAUUUAUCUGACAUUUUCUGUUAGAACAUGUCUCAAAUCAUAUAAAAAUAUGUAAACAUACAUGAAAAAAAAAACAUUUCUCAGUCUCUUCAGUGUUGUUGGUUUGCUGAUUAAUUCUCCAUUGCUCUUCUUAGGUCUGGCAAAGGGUAGUCCAUACACCCGUAUGGAAGAUGAAUAGGAAGAACGCCAGCGAUGAUGCCAGUAACGCUGUGAUACAGUGAACAAGUAGCCCGUGGUGAACUGUGAUGAGCUGGGUUGAGUUAAAUGGGUCAGUGUGUGUCAAACAGCUCCUUUAUCUAAUCUGUCUUGAUUUUUUUAUCGAUGACUGCUGUUUACAUAAUUCCUCAUGAUUUGAGGCCACAACUGGUUUAAAUAAAGCAUAAAAACACGACUUAUUAACUUGGCUUCUGUCCAUGAAGACAACUAAUGAUAAGGGGAAACAUUUUACCCGUACCAUUCUUUCUUUAAUUCGCACGUUGUCUCAUGAAAUGUGAUCAAGGUCAGUUUCUAUGAGUGAUGGCGGUGCUAAUUCUAGCAGUUUCUUUUAUGCACUUUUUACAAUGCACAUAUACACGUAGUCCUGCUUGGGUUAACGUCUGAAGUUCAAAGUCUAUUUUUCUUGAUGUAACAGAUUUUUCUCAAGUGUCAGAGUUAGUUUCGUAACAUUGUUGGAUAAAAUAAAUGUUUGUUCUUGAACUGCAUGUAAAACCUGUGAGCAGUGUACAACCAGUAA